UUGACAAGCGAGGCAACGUGGAGACGACAUGGGCUGAGCUGAACUGAAGCACCAGGAGCGGAUAGGAACACGGCUCGAGGACGGCAUUCAUUUAUUUUGAACAGUUUACUGUGGAGAGGACCAGACGCAGCUCACAUGAUUGGGGCAUGGAGACAGAGAUUACCGAAGGUGACGUGCCUCCCUAUUACCGAGAAGUAUAUGAUGCAAUUUGCUGUAAGCUGGAAGACCGAGUGCAGGGAAGUGUCUUUCACAAACUGUUGAAUAGAACCAAGCUGCCACCCAUUACACAGAACCAGAUUGCUGAACUUGUGGAAUCGUCAAAGGAAGAGCCUCUCUCAAGGUCUGCUCUGUACAAAGGUCUGAUGUUGAUUGCCCUGGCUCAGCAGGGGAAGCAGCCUUCGGCCAAACUGCUGGAGAAUAUUGCUCAAGAGUAUCCAAAGCCUCAAUUGGGUGACGUGAGUGGGCUGGAGUCGCUCCGGAUGCAGGCUAGGGGGAAUCCCAUUCUUCUCACAUGGACUCUGCAAGACCUUUUACACAUCGACAUGGUGCAGGUGGAACUAAUUCCGGAGAAGAAGGGUCUAUUCCUAAAACACGUGGAAUAUGAGGUUUCCAGUCAGCGAUUCAAGUCAUCCGUUUAUAGAAGAUAUAAUGAUUUUGUUGUCUUCCAUGAGAUAUUGCUCCAGCGAUUCCCAUAUAGGAUGGUGCCAGCACUGCCGCCAAAGAGAAUGCUAAGAGCCGACAGGGAGUUCAUUGAAUCUCGGCGGCGAGCUCUGAAGCGUUUUGUUAACUUGGUUGCUCGCCACCCGUUUUUCUCCAAAGAUGAAAUUCUGCAGAUUUUCCUGUGCUUCAGUGGUCCUGAAGUUCAAAACAGAAUCCGUGAGUCGUUACGAGGAGUGGGUGAUGAGUUUUUGACAUGUGGAAUAGCACCAACAGCCAAGGAACUUCUCCCUCCUGAUAUCCAGGCUCAAUUUGGUGCCAGUCGGGAGCUGAUCCGAAACAUUUACAGCAGUUUCCAUAAGCUGAGAGACCGGGCAGAGCGAAUGGCAUUUAGAUCUGCUGAGAAUGCUACUGAUCUCCUACUGUUCGGCAAGGAGUUGAGUACCCUGGGCUCUGACACAACACCAAUUCCAUCGUGGGUAUCGGCAGCAAGCAGCAUGUGGGGUACCUUGAAACAGACUCUUAAAAGCCUAUCUGUGGAGUUUGCAUUACUUGCCGACAAAGCUGCAAGGCAGGGUAAGCGUGAAGAGGAGGAAGUGGUGGAAAAACUCAAUAUCUUCUUGGAUUUAUUGCAGUCCUAUAAGGACUUGUGUGAACGUCAUGAAAAAGGUGUCCUUCACGAGCACCAGCGAGCAUUACAAAAAUACACUUCUAUGAAACGGCAGAUGAUGAGUGUGACUGUGCAAAGCAAAGAGCAGAUUUCUGCGGAGCAACUGGAAUCACGAAUAAUGCAGCAAGAGAACACCAUCCUGACCAUGGAACUUCGGAACUAUUUCUCCCUGUUUUGCCUGCACCAGGAGACUCAGCUCAUCCACAUCUACCUGCAUAUUACUUCCCAUGUGCUGACAGCCUUCAUUGACUCCCAGAUCCAAGGGCAUAACGAGAUGAGUGAAGUGUGGAAGGAAUUAAAACCAAAGCUGGGAGGUCACCUGCCUAAUGGAAUGUCAUCAUCUGCUUAAACUCUAGGCAAUUGAUAGAGCCCAAUUUCUUCUUUUCCCAUAGUGACAUGUCAUUAUGAUUCAAUUUACAAUGUUUCUCUAUUUUUUCUCCUCUUCAAGAAAACAUUCCAGAAUUGCACCUAUCAAGGGACCAAACAAAUAUAUGGCUAUGUGUGAGGGUCUGGUUUGUGUGCGUACGCUAAAACUGGACUUACCGGAAUAACUCAUUACCCCCUCUGAUCUAAAAAUCAGAACUGCAGAUGCUGGAAUCUGAAACAAAAGCAGGAAUGCUGGAAGAAUUCUUCCAGUUGCAUCUGUGGAACGAGAAAUCAGUUGAUGUUUCGGGCUGUAGAGAAUUCAUCAGAACUGAGAAAGAGAAAGCAAGUUGGUCUAAGUUGCAGAGAAAGUCAGGGAGGACACUGGGUGGGACAAAGAAAUUGGGCGAAAUGGUGUAAAAUAAUAGGCAGCCAUUGAGUGAACAGGUAAGCUCCUUUGUUCGUCUAAUGUGUUACUAAUGUGAAGUGUGACUGAUUUUAUUAUAGUCUGGCCCGCUGGGAUAUGUUGAACAGUCCAGAAUAUACAAAUGAAAGGGAAAAGGGGGAGAGGAAUGGCAGCACAAAUGGGCAGUCCUCAUACACACAGCUUCACUGUCCAUGCAAUGGCUGCCCAUUAUUUUGUUCCAUUACUAAUGUUCCUGUUAUUCCACCUAUUGCCCCCCCAGCCCCCUUCCUCUCCCCAAUCUUUCUUUCUCUUUCUUAGACUCACUUACUUUUGCAGUUCUGAGGAAGGAUCUUCAUCCUGAAACAAUAACUGGUUUCUCAUUCCACAAAUGCUGCCUGAAUGACUGAGCUCUUCUAGCAUUUCUGUUCUUUCUCCCCCACUGAUAUGCUCUGAUUUAGAUUCAUGGGCUAAGUUUAUAAUUAGGAGGAUGACUACUUUGAAGCAGGUAACCAAUUGUCUUGAUUUGACUUGUUUGUCCACAGUGCCUGAAAGGGGGAGUGGUUAGUGUUAAAUAAACCCGGUUAAAUGGGCGAUAUGACUACAAAUAUUCUUCACUGCUAUAAUUUAUUAACCUGGCUACCUGACUUUUAAAUGGCAGUGAGGUCUCUGUCUUACUGUAUAUUAAUCUAUAUGGAUAGGAGGCUUCGGGGUUUAUGGUUAAUAUCUUCUGAGAUUGUGUUCAAACAGAGCUAGAGCAGUGGUUUUAUUAAUUACUUGCUGGUCCUCUCUCAAACUAGGUUGGCAUUAGAUUUGUAUAAAGGAAAGUGGUUUUAAAAUGGGGUUGGUUAUGUUGCUUCCUCUAAAAAUUGUCCAGUCUUGUGUAUUUCUAUGACCCAGCAAGCGAAACAGACAUGGAUUUAAAGGUUCAUUGAGAACUGGAUAUGUUGCAAUGGAUGUACUAUGUAACUUUGUUCUAACUGAAAUUCUCUAUUGCCUUGGGUGUUCAACCACAUUGUGCUUAUGAAAGAGUGUGUAAAAUUGUUCUAAUCAUGUUUUAAGGUGCAUGAAGAUCAGAUUAUAAAGUUGGACUCUUGAAACGC